UCCGUGUAAUUAAUUGCACAUUACGACUGAAUUUAUAAGGAUAUUUAAUUCUGAAUAAUUAACGAUUUUUUUUUGUGAGAUUAUGUGAUUUUAAAGGUAUUUCUAAAAUAGAAGAAUGUUGAUUCGCUACACUAUCCAUUUGAAUAGUUAUUUACAUCCGUAGCGGAACAUGUAUCAGAAUUUUUUAUGAUCAUGUAGAUUCGCACUCAAUUUCGUUCGACCCGAUAAAAAACAACAACAAAAAGUUAACGAUAAGUAAUAGCCAAAACUUAAUUCAGUUAUCAUGUUCAGUAAAGUUGACAGUCAUCAGAAAGACAGCUUCCUUGAACAAACUAAGGCUCAGAGAGAAGAGAGGGCUCUAGAGAAGCAAAGAGAAAAAUCUGCUCUUAAAAUUCAGAGUGUGUAUCGAGGAUAUAAAUCCAGACGCAGUUUGAAUCUUGUCAUAAGAAAGGAAAUUGAAGAUUUGAUAAAUAAACCGGCUACAGAUGAUGGUGAAUACACACCUAAUUUCAAACCAGCACUGGAGGUGUACAAGUUUAUCAGAGGAUUCCUGUUUACAUACUCUGAUGGCGCUGAUAGCCAUUAUCUGGAGUUGUUAUGUAGGUAUUUGCUGGCCACCAUGGAUUCAGAUGAUCUGAAGAUAUCCUAUGUGUCAGUGUCAUUGUUAAAGCAGUUUGUGUUAUCAUGGAUACAACAGGUGAAGGACAUACUCUGGAAGUGUGUCCUAUGCUUGAAACAGAUAAAGCCAGAGAACCAUGUGGAUGUGAAGAUAAUGAUGGUGUACCUUAGAAUGUUAAUAACAUUUACACAUACAGCCACAUGGAAAAUUAUUAAAGGAAAAGGUGAGGGUCUUACUGCUGGAAUGAAUCAACUAUGCAACAACAUUAUGGGACACCUAAAUAAUAAAGGCCUUUACCCAGCUUUACAGAUACUGCUAGUAAGAGGUCUAGCAAGAAGUAAACCAGCCUUUACAAAAACAUCCUUAACAGCUGUUCUUACUAUAUCACUCAGACCAUUAUUAGCAGCAAAUUUCUCAGACAAUCUGUUAACACUGUUUGUAUUAAACAUCUUGUCAGUACCAGCGUUAGUGCAUCACCUGUCUACAACAGCUCCUGAUUGCCUGACCCACCUGAUAACAAACAGGGUGUUCAAGAGAUCCUUGGAUUUAUUGACAAAUGAACAGAGUACUAGGAUAAUAUUCAAUUCACUAGAGGGAAACUAUGCACUGUGUUUGCUGGCAAACCUGAUACAGCUUGGUUACUCGGAGUUAGAAGGCUUGGUGGAAAAUACAAACAGUUUUAUGACUGUGACAAUACGAUUGCUGGACAAAUGUAAAAACUAUGUACAAAAUAAGAGAUCCAAUCUAACACACUGGCAUCCUGUACUGGGAUGGUUUUCUCAGAAAACUGACCAAGGAUUACAUGAAGCUAUGCCAUUUGUUGUAAAGCAGUUACAGAUACUAUGGUGUAGUAAGAUGGUACGAUUGUUGUUUCUAGAACUUAUAGAUUAUGUGGACUAUGCCAAAGAGAUAGACACACAAAAAGCUGCAUCCAAAGAUAAAGGACUUUUUAAGAAGGCAUUAGAUAAAGCAUCCUCCAAAAAUGCUGUCUCAAAAAUCAAACUUGGCAGCACUAUAGCCCAGUCAACCUGCUUACCAUGUGCCUUGUACCAGUGUGCCAUGAACACCCUGUCUCAACUUAGACUUGAUAUAGUCAGUGGGUUAAGUUAUAAUGAGAUCUUACUGCCCAUCUUGUGGAGGUUUUUAUGUGAUAUGGGACCUAACUGUGGACUCAAGGUGUUCCUGGAUUUACUACAACAGACUCCAGAGAGUACCAUACACCCAGUGUUUAGUCUACUUACACUGUUCUGUGAGGCAGCAUCAAACUAUAUAUGCACAUUGGAUCACAUAGAGAUGUUUGAGCAUCAGAAAUUAUUUAAAGUAGAAGACUACAUAAAGAUGAGUGAAUUCCUUAACCUGUUUGUCUUUAGAGUUGUCUGGGGUGGACUUAUGUCAAUCAGCACGGCAAGUAGUAGCGAUGUAUUUACGUCAGCCCGAGGGUUGUUGAUGAUACUGUACGAGAGUGACAGCCGCAGGAACUAUGCUCCCAAAGACCACUGGCUUAUAAAAGAUGUAAAGCCUAGCAGUUUCCUUAGCGAGUUAGAUAAAGGGAGAAAACUGGCUCAGUUUAUCCUGCAGAAAAUUCCACACAUCAUUCCAUUUGGAGAGAGAGUUAAGAUAUUCAGGAAGAGUGUUCAGAAGGAGAGAGAAGUGUUAGGUUUGUGUGAAUCUGUCAGUGCCACACCACAGUCCACCUUGAUUACAGUACAUAGAAGCCGGAUAGUAGAGGAUGGUUACAGGCAGCUUGCCCAGGUUCCUCCUCGAGCUAUUAAAGGGGUAAUCAGGGUAAGGUUUAUCAAUGAACAGGGACUGGACGAGGCCGGUAUAGAUCAGGACGGUGUAUUUAAAGAAUUCCUUGAGGAAACUAUAACAAAAGUGUUUGAUCCAUCCUUGAACCUGUUUAAGGUGACGAGUGAGCAGAAACUGUAUCCAUCUUCUACCUCCUACAUACAGGAAAACCAUCUCUUCUUGUUUGAGUUUGUCGGUAAAAUGCUUGCCAAGGCUGUUUAUGAGGGCAUCAUCGUGGAGGUCCCAUUUGCUCCAUUCUUCUUGACUCAGAUUCUGGGUCACAGUUUUAGUUCAACGUACAGCUCUCUUGAUGAAUUACCGUCCCUGGAUCCAGAUCUUGCCAAGAAUCUGACAUAUAUCAAGCAUUUUGAUGAUGAUGUGAGUGACCUUGACCUUACAUUCUGUUAUGAUGAAGAUAUUAUGGGGAGACUAGAGACUCAUGAGCUGGUACCUGGCGGGAAAGCUGUAGCUGUAACCAACGACAACAGGAUACGUUACGUACACUUGAUGGCACAUUUCCGUAUGUACAGACAGAUCAGGGAUCAGACGCUAGCGUUUAUCAAGGGAUUUAAAUCUGUCGUGAAUUCUGAUUGGUUAAGUAUGUUCUCGUCACCGGAGUUACAGAAACUGAUCUCUGGAGAUACAGCGGAUAUGGAUACCAGUGACCUCAGGAAACAUACACAGUACUAUGGAGGUUACCAUAAUAACCAUAAAGUGAUUAACUGGCUGUGGGACAUACUAGAGAAAGAUUUUAAUCAAGCAGACAGGGCAGCUUUCCUCAAGUUUGUAACAAGUUGUUCAAAGGCUCCACUGUUAGGGUUUGCCCAUCUUGAGCCGCCAUUUUCUAUAAGAUGUGUAGAAGUCAGUGAUGAUCAGGACACCGGGGAUACUGUUGGCAGUGUUCUUAAGGGAUUCUUCAAUAUUAAGAAACGUGAUCCUGUAGGACGCCUCCCAACUUCGUCCACGUGUUUUAAUUUGCUCAAACUUCCGAACUAUCAGAAAAAAGCGACUUUACGCGAGAAACUGAAAUACGCCAUUCAUUCUAACACUGGAUUUGAACUGUCUUGAGGUUUUAUGUGUAGACGUUAUGGUUACGUUGACAUCGAUGCACGGAAAGGUUUUGCGGAACAAUAUCUGACAUUUUGAAAAUAAGAAAUAUGUGAUAGAGUUUGUGUUAUAGUUUUGUGCUAUGAAGAUUGGCAUGUUUUGUAUUAUUUAGAGAGUAUAAAAAAC